GUUGAUGUUGAAUAGGCCUUAUUAGCAUAUAAAAAUGGCUGUGCCUAAAGACCCCAUCCCUACCUUGUCGGAAUGCCAGUGUCAGAUCUGUGUGGAAAUUCUAAUCGAGCCCGUAACUCUCCCUUGUAACCACACGCUUUGUAAUCCAUGCUUUCAAUCGACUGUUGAAAAGGCAAACUUAUGCUGUCCCUUCUGUCGCCGCCGGGUCUCUUCUUGGACCCGGUACCACACCCGAAGAAAUUCUCUAGUCAAUUUGGAACUGUGGAAGAUAAUUCAAAAACACUACCCAAAAGAAUGCAAGCUUAGAGCGUCGGGGCAAGAAUCAGAGGAAAUCGUUGAUGAUUAUCAGCCAGUUCGUCUGUUAAGUAAACCUGGGGAAUUGAGAAGAGAAUAUGAAGAAGAGAUAAGCAAGGUGGAAGCAGAGCGACGAGCCAGUGAGGAAGAAGAAAACAAAGCCAGUGAAGAAUACAUACAAAGAUUAUUGGCAGAGGAGGAAGAGGAGGAAAAAAGACAAGCAGAAAAAAGGCAAAAAGAGAUAGAAGAACAAUUGAAAAGUGAUGAAGAACUGGCAAGACAACUAAGCAUUGAUGUAAACAAUUUCUAUAAAGAAAAUAUCUUGGCUUCUCCCUUGACUUCCAGAAAAUCUGAUACCACCACAACCAAGUCACAAAAGAAAAAUAAGAAUAAACAAAGAAACACUGGAGAUAUUCAGAAGUAUUUGUCACCUAAAUCUCAAUUUGGAUCAGCAUCACCAUCUGAAGUUGUUCAAAACAGCAGGAAAAACUCCCCAUCUAAGGAAAUUGACAGUAGUGAUGUGAAGAGCCCUACGUGGCAAGACACAGAAAUUGAGGAUAUGCCAACACUUUCUCCACAGAUGUGCCUUGGAAUUCAAGAACAAGGUGCAAAAUCUUUGAUAGAAUCACCUAUGCCUCAAUUAAGUGCCUAUGGUGCAGAGUGCCUAUGCCUUGAAGGAGAAGUCAAAAUAAGACCAAGCAAUCAUGAUAAAGAGUUAUGUGUUGUAAAUCACGAGAGACCUAAAACCAGAGUUCCCUACUCUGUAGAAGCUGCAGUUAAAUCUUGUGGUAAAAUAACAAAUGGGUGCAGUAUGUCUGGUAUGACACAGAUAAUUGGGAACAACACCCUUGAGCCAAAAAAUGAAGAGACUAGCCUACUGAUCAGUAAUGCUAUUACCAAAAGAAAACCCCAGGAAUCUUCUUUGGAAGCAGUAAGGGAUUCAUGCUUUUCUUCAAAAAGAAGAAAAAUAUUCCCCAAAGCUUCCUCAGACCAAGAGGAAAGAGAAACCAACUUUACCAAAAAGCUGAUGGAAUUGGAGCAUCUGCUUUUUGAGAGACAUAAACAAGAAGAACAGGACAGGUUAUUAGCAUUACAACUUCAGGAGGAAGUGGAUAAAGCACAAAUGAAGCCAAAUCGGCAAAAAGGAUCCCCAGAUGAAUAUCAGUUACGUGCUACAUCCUCUUCUCCAGACAAAUUGGUAAAUGGACAGAGAAAGAAUUCCAAAGAUAGGAAUUUCAAAAGACAGACUGAUACAGAGCAUUUGAAACCUUGGAGAGGCUCAAGAGAUGAAAAGUGGCAGCCUUUUAAGGUCCAGUUGAAGCAUUCAAUUACUGUUAAUGGAAGAAGGAUGCCAAAUUCUACUAAAGAUAAUUGUAAUGUAUCUAAAGGUGCUCAUUCCCUACAGCCUAGUAGUUCACAGAAAAGUAUUUUUCAGAUGUUUCAGAGAUACACAAAGUAAUGCAUGGGUAAAGGAAUGCUUUGUAAUCUAGUAAAGCUGGAUUGUGAAGAUGUCUUCCUAUUAUAGCAUCUUUGUAGAAAAAUUUUGUGGCUAUGCUCUGUGGUUACCCCUAUUCUUAAUUAAAGGAUUGCAUGAUUAUAAGGGAAGGAUAUACAGGUGUAUUUCUGCAAAACUUAGUGAUUAGCAAGAGUCCCAAUCCUUUCCAUUGUUAAUAAUUAUGAUGUACUAAGGUUGACAGUCCUUAUGGAUAUAAAAAUACCUUUGCCAACUCCAAGAAAUUUUCAAAUAUUAUUCUUUUUCCAAAACCAUGCAUGUUUGAAGACCUCUGCUCACCUUUUGUCAUGACUGGUAAUCGAAGCAAGAUUGUGCUGUGUAGUUAAGGAACCCAUACAAUGUUUAAAAACUAAGUUUUCUUACAACUUCCAAAACACUAAUGUAAUCUAAUUUUCAUGUCCACUGUAAAUUUUAAGCAUUUUCUUUGAUUUUAGAAUGGGAUAGUAUCAGUGUCAAAACAGAAAAUCAGAGUUUUCUGGUCAGUUGGAAAUUAGUUGAAGAAAGGAAACCAGGCUCUUGAUACAAAGGGAGUUAAGAGUCGACAUGAGGCUGAGUGGGAUAAAUUAACAAUUUUGGAGCACUGGAACUGAAUGGUUGAUAAGGGCUGGGGUCUAAAAUGGUGUAGCAGGUAUAGUUUGUCAGAGAAGUCUUCCUCAUCCUUUCUUUGCUGAAUGAAACAGAAAACACUUGGGUUUUAUAGCUUUUUACACAACAGUAACUGGUUUCAAAAUCAAAAUUAGUUACUACUCAAUUAACCUGAAUUUUUUAAAAAUCCCACUUCUGUUAAUCUGCUAUUCCAGAAAAAAAAAAAAAAAGAGGGAAUUUUACUAUGGGAGAGUUAUGUCACAGUAUCUAAUGUUGUAGAAUCUGUGGCAUAACCAUGUAUUUAUUUCUUUAUAUUAUCAUUUGUUUUGAUACUUUAUUUUGUGUUUAUGGACAGAAAUAGAAAGUAUGAUACUGGGUUUUUGCCCUGUCUUACCCUGAAAGUUAAAUCAGAAGGCAGUGAUUUCAUUUUUCAAAAUAACUUGAGACUUAGUGCUUUGUUUCAUUAAUAUGAACAACUUUUAGCAAACAAAUAGCAGCAUUAACAGUAUGUCUGCUGAUGUCUACUUAUCUAGUCUAGAAAUGUAGAAACACAAUAAAAUGUCGUGGAACUAAUCCUAGCUUAAAUUUGUCAAUAUUUUUUUAUGUUAUUAAGCCCCUUUUUCCCCUUCAAAUUUUGUAAUUGAAAUUCUCUUUAUCGUGGCAUACUUGAUGGCAUCUACAGUGUUUGAUUGGUCAAUUAUGGAUAGAAUUCUAAUGCUAAUUUAAAGUUUAGUUUGCCCUUUCUCAAAAUCAAAGGGACUGCCCUCUGAGUAAAGAUUAUGAUGAAUUAAAGUUUAGUCAGAAACUUAACCAAAUUUGUCUAAAAUAGACAAAUCAAUAUAUUCUCACCAACCCAAUAUUUUUCUAAGAGCAAUUUUACUUUGCCUUUUAGGGUAGACAAUUGUUGGAACUCCUCAAAUUAAAAGUUAUCUAAUUAAAUCCUCCUGGAAUGGUCCCUAACCAGGAAGGGGUUAAAAUAGCCCAAGGUGUGAUAUGUUUAGGAUUUAUAUAUUUAACCACCUAUUUUGUCUGUGAAGAAGUCUUCCUGACUACAAUUGGUUUUAGAUAAAUUUUAAUUUCUCAUUAGCCUUUCUGCUAUUCCUGCCAUAUAUGCCUUAUUGUUAGAAACUAAGAAAUAUUUUGUGUCAAUCAUUAGACCUGUAUUGCUACUUUUUUCUCUUAUUUUUGUGAUAGGAUUAUGAGAUUGUUUAAUUUAUCAGGGUGCUAAAGAUUAAGUGUAUAGAUUAAGAAACUGAAAAUUAAAAUAAUUAUGAAAAAUUAAAAUUGACUACAUAAAAUUAAGAGUUAUGCAUAUCACAGAUUACUAUAAAAGGAAAUUAAAAGACAUGGCAAACUGAGGAAGAAAUAGUUGCAGUUCAUCACAAAAGGCUAAUUUCCUUUACAUGAAGUGUCUUUAGUCUAUAUGAUUUCCUUUAUGUAAAUCAAUUAAGAAAAAGACCAGUUAAUCCAAUAGAAAAAUUAGAAAAGUGUAUGAGCACUUUCCAAGAAAGGAAAUAUAUAUAUUUAAGAAUUGCUCUUAAAUUUGUGAAAAGAUGCUUAAUCUCACUUACACUAAUGCUCAUGUUUUUCUACCAUUAAGAUGAAUAAAGGUUUUUGUUUUUUGGUCUUUUGUUUUCUUGUUUUUGUGUGUGCUUUAAAUUUUUUAUCUUAACAACUAAGGAAAUAGGCACUUCUGUACAUUGUUGGUGUGAAUAGAAAAUUGAAAAUCCCUAUGGAGGUAAACUUAGCAAUUCUAGAAAUUUCUUAAAGCUGUCCUCAUAUGUAUGUAAAAUGAUAUGUACAAAACAUUUUUGUUAUAGCGUUGUUUGUAAAUAGCAUGAACUUAGAAAUAACCUUAAUGUCCAUCAAUAGAUAUUAAAUAAAUGAUAGUACAGUGGAGUACUAUACAGCAAUAAAAAAACAAACCUACUUUACUGAUAAAAGAAUUAUAAAUUAUAGUUAAGUGAAAAAUACAAGAUGUAGAAUUGUGUAUAUAGUGUGUAACCAUUUGUCCAAAAAAAAGUGUAUAUACAUAUAUAUCUGUAUUGCAUACAGUAUCUCUAGAAGGAGAAACAAUUAUGUUGCCAGAGGGAGUGGAACUGGGUAGCUGGGAGACGGGAGUAGAAGGAUGACUUCAUUAUGUUUUUUUUUUAUUCUUUCUGAAUUUUAAAUCAUGUUGAAUAUAUUAUCUAGUCAAAAACUUUUUAGAUGGUCUUAAAAUAUUGCAAGAUAAAGGAAACUUAUGCAUCUCAGUCUGCACCACUGUAGAUGGCCCUUUUUGCCUUUAAGUUUGGAGAAUUAUAAUUCAGUAAAGUUUUGUUCUCCAUGAAAAGAAAAUAAUAUUGUGCAUUUUUUUCUUACUUAGCUUUAAUGAACUAUUUUUAAAUUAUUUGGAAAAUAGAGUGGCUUGCAGCAGACCCAUAAUUGCACUGGGAACAAUUAGAAAAGCCAGAUAAAAUUUUUGAAUUAUCUACUGAACAGCAUUAGAAAGCUGAAACAAUGAGGACUAAACAUGUUAAGAUUCUAGAAAAGGGAAGACUUCAGAGAGAUGAACUAUUUACAACCACUUUCUCCCUGGUGUCAUGUACCUACUUUGGGUGCAGGACAAGUGUUAGGACUACUGAUGAACAGUAGUCCAGAGAAACUGGCAGAACUCUUGACUGUCAUGUGCCGGGGUGACAGUUUUGGUGAGCCCUCAGACACAUAGCUGCCUUCCCCAUCAAAAUAACUGCAGGGUUUUGAAGAGGCUGACCAAUGAAGCUAGGCAGGAAACCUCUCAAAAGCAGAGAGGAGUUUCCAUCAGGCUUUCAGUGUUGAUGAGACGAAAGGUUAGCUUUUGGGACCUACCCAGGAAAAGAACUCUGUUGAACAUACUGGAGUCUCAAUUGAAAGCCCUAGAGGAGAAGUUGGCAAACUACAUCCUGGGAGCCAGUCUGGACUGCCACCUAUUUUUAUAGGGCCAGUGAGCUAAGAGUGGUAGUAAAUGUCUUUUUAAUUCCUUGGUUAUGGCAUGUAAUCCAUAAGGAAUUGAACUGUAAGACUAAUUAAUUCUUGCAUGAGUUUUGAAAAAAGGGCAUGUAAUGGAGGAGGAAAGAAAGACAAUAAUUCCCUUCUUAACUUGGCUGCUUCUCUGAACCUCAAUUUAUAAAAUGAGAAUCAUACCAACUGCUGCUAUGAAAGGUUAAGGGAACUAAUAUACAUACAGCACCUGUUACAGCCCCCGAGACAAAAAAAAAAAAAACCCUUAACAAGUGAUGGUUCCAUCUCCCUAGCUA